UGCCCUAAAGUCUAGGGAGGAAGAGAAGGAGCCAGCGCUGGGAAGGGAAGGAGGCAGUCAGUGGCUCAAGCUUGGGGGAAGGUGGUUGUUGGAGAAGCAGAGCCAAGGCGAGGGGCUCCUGCUGUGCCAAGCGUGGGCAGUGCCAAGUCCCCAGGGAGCCCGGAGCUUGGGGGGGAGGGCCGGGAACAGCCUGGCCCUGCCCCCUCCCCCCUCCGGGAGGCGUCCAGCAAGUUGGGAAGAAAAAGUUUGGCUUCGGAUCUCUCUCGUGUGCUGAUGACCCAAAGGAUGGGCAGAAUCCCGUUAGUGUGGUGUUUGGCGUUGUCCUGCUGGGGUUAUGCAGCCCCCGAGGCAGGUGCCCAGGCUGAAGCAGAGGACCCAUUUUUACAAAGUCCAGAGAACAUCACCGGGGCCCGAGGAAUCACAGGGACCCUUCGGUGUGAGCUCCGCAUCCACGGCGAGCCCCCCGAAGUGGACUGGCUUCGGGAUGGACAGACCCUCCAGAUGGCAGACAGCACCCAGAUUCAGUUACCCCUGGGUGAAGAUUGGGAGGACGACUGGAAAGUGGUCAGCCAGCUCAAAAUCUUCUCCCUGAAGCCUGCAGAUACAGGACGGUACCAAUGUUUGGUGACUCUUGGAGGAAAGACUUUCAUGUCCCAGCCUGGCUACGUUGGGCUGGAAGGCCUGCCUUACUUCCUGAAGGAGCCUGAAGACAAAGUUGUGGCUGCCAAUGUCCCCUUCAACCUGAGCUGCCAGGCCCAGGGUCCCCCAGAACCUGUGAACCUGCUCUGGCUCCAAGAUGCUGUCCCUCUGACCCCCACCACAGGCCAUGAUCCCCAACACAGCUUGUAUGUGCCAGGUCUGAACAAGACAUCUUCCUUCUCCUGUGAAGCCCACAAUGCCAAAGGGAUCACCACAUCCCGCACGGCCACCAUCACAGUGCUUCCUCAGCGACCCCAAGACCUGCACGUGGUUUCCUGCCAACCCACAGAGAUGGAGGUGGCUUGGACUCCAGGCCUCAGUGGUGUCUACCCUCUCAUCCACUGCACCCUACAGGCUGUGCUGUCCGAUGAUGUGGUAGGUGACCAGCUGGGAGAACCAGAGCCUUCGGAGGAGCCCCUCACCUUGCAGGCAUCCGUGCCCCCCUACCAGCUUCGCCUGGGCAAGCUCCAUCCCCACACCCUUUACCACAUCCGGUUGUCUUGUGCCAGCAGCCAGGGGUCUUCUCCCUGGACCCAUUGGCACCCGGUGGAGACGCCGGAAGGAGUGCCCCUGGGCCCCCCUGAGAAUGUUAGCGCCAUGCGGAAUGGGAGCCAGGCCCUCGUGCGUUGGCAGAAGCCCAAAGUGCCCUUGCAGGGUACCCUGUUAGGGUACCGGCUGGCAUACCGUGGCCAGGACACCCCUGAGGUGCUAAUGGAUGUGGGGCUAAAGAGAGAAAUGACCCUUGAACUGCGGGGGGACGGGCCUGUGACUAACCUGACCGUGUCCGUGGCAGCCUACACCUCUGCAGGGGAUGGGCCCUGGAGCCUCCCGGUGCCCCUGGAGCCCUGGCGCCCAGGGCAAGGACUGCCAAUCCAUCACUUGGUGAGUGAGCCCCCAGCUCCUGCCUUCUCGUGGCCCUGGUGGUAUGUACUGCUGGGAGCUAUCGUGGCUGCUGUCUGUGUCCUCAUCCUGGCCCUGUUCCUCGUUCACCGGCGGAAGAAAGAGACCCGCUAUGGCGAGGUGUUUGAGCCCACAGUGGAGAGAGGUGAGCUGGUAGUCAGGUACCGUGUUCGCAAGUCCUACAGUCGGCGGACCAAUGAAGCCAUCUUGAACAGCUUGGGAAUCAGCGAGGAGUUGAAGGAGAAGCUGCGAGAUGUCAUGGUGGACAGGCAUAAGGUGGCUUUGGGGAAGACUCUGGGAGAAGGAGAGUUUGGAGCAGUGAUGGAGGGCCAGCUCAACCAAGAUGACUCCAUCCUCAAGGUGGCCGUGAAGACGAUGAAGAUUGCCAUUUGCACCAGGUCGGAGCUGGAGGAUUUUCUGAGUGAAGCUGUGUGCAUGAAAGAGUUUGACCACCCCAACGUCAUGAGGCUCAUCGGGGUCUGUUUCCAGGGCUCAGAACGAGAGGGCUUUCCAGAACCCGUGGUCAUCUUACCUUUUAUGAAGCAUGGAGAUUUGCACAGUUUCCUCCUUUAUUCCCGGCUUGGGGACCAGCCAGUGUUCUUGCCCACUCAAAUGUUGGUGAAGUUCAUGGCAGACAUCGCCAGUGGCAUGGAAUACCUGAGUACCAAAAGAUUCAUACACCGAGACCUGGCUGCCAGGAACUGUAUGCUGAAUGAGAACAUGUCCGUGUGCGUGGCAGACUUUGGGCUCUCAAAGAAGAUCUACAAUGGAGAUUACUAUCGCCAGGGACGCAUUGCCAAAAUGCCAGUCAAAUGGAUCGCCAUCGAGAGUCUGGCAGACCGUGUCUACACCAGCAAGAGUGAUGUGUGGUCCUUUGGGGUCACAAUGUGGGAGAUCGCCACCCGAGGCCAAACCCCAUAUCCAGGAGUGGAGAACAGUGAGAUUUAUGACUACCUGCGCCAGGGGAACCGCCUGAAGCAGCCCGUGGACUGCCUGGAUGGCCUGUAUGCCUUGAUGUUCCGGUGCUGGGAACUGAACCCCAGAGACCGACCAAGCUUUUCAGAACUGCGGGAAGACUUGGAGAACACACUGAAAGCCCUGCCCCCAGCCCAAGAGCCUGAGGAAAUCCUCUACGUCAACAUGGACGAGGGUGGGGGCCACCCAGAACCACUGGGAGCAGCUGGAGGAGCCGAACCCCCAGCCCAGCCUGACCCUAAGGAUUCUUGUAGCUACCUCACCGCAGCUGAGAUCCAUCCUGCUGGACGCUAUGUCCUCUGCCCUUCGACAAGUCCUGGACCCUCUCUGCCCGCUGAUAGGAGGUCCCCGGCACCCCCAGGGCAGGAAGAUGGUGCCUGAAAACAACCCUCUACCAGGGAGACACCCUCUCAGGACCCAAGCUAGGCACUGCCACUGGGGGGGCGCCUCCUCCUUGCCCCCCCCCCCACUUUCC